AUUCAAACUGCGGAGAGGCCAGUCGGAGGGCAAGCCUGGGCAGUGGCCUCAAUCAAGUAUCAUGUCCUUUGUGGCCUCCAUCUUUAAGGAGAAGCAAGUCUCUGUCCUGCACUGCAGGUACUGUGCGCAGGUGCUAAGCACACGUGGAAUGAAGGCAGAGCUGCUGGCUGGAGCGGACCGGGAGAUGUUCUCUACAGAUAUCCCUCCCACUGAUUCUGUAGACUUUGUGGGAAGCUGUUAUUACUUUGAAGCCUGCCGAUGUAAGCUGAAGAAUAUAGCUUGCCUAAGAUGUGGUAAUGAGGUUGGCUACCAUGUGGUGGCUCCGUGUCAGCUGUGUCUGUUGUCCAGUAAUAAUGGCCACUUAUGGAUGUUUCAUAGCCAGUAUGUGUACAGCAUUAGCAGAAUGGAUGAAUCAGGAAUGUGCAUAUUGCUCUGGAAAGACCUACCAGAUACAGAUGAAAAUCAAGAAGGAUUAUUAAGUCUGUAUGAAGAAGAACAUGAGGUUUAUCUUAGAUGAACUUUGAUUUAUUUACAGAAGACUGUAAUAUGUUUUAUUGAUAUAGCAUGAACAUGUACUGCAGUGCUUUACAACUCCAGAAACAUUUGUAAGACAAAUGGAGCUUGUAUUGUAUACCAGCAAUGUCUUAUUGAGAGCAAUACACUGGAAUGAGUUCCCAACUAUUUCAUCUGUGCAAAAGCAAAACUAAUGAGCAACCAUUUCCACCUUCCUAUGACUUUAUAUUUAAUGGUAAUGCAUAUGUCUUGUAUUUUUUUCAUUAAAAGAAAGCAAUAUGAUAAAUAGACUCAAAGGGAGUCUGUCAGCAGUUCUAAGCAUGCUAAACAGCGGACAUCACUAGGUAGGGGCUGGGGAGAACAGUAGAAACAUACUUUUUUAGGGGCUUUUCAUCAGGAGUAGUGAGAAUAUGAAGUUUUAUUCUUCCAGGUUCUGCUAUCUCAAGUGCUCAGGGCGGGGCAUUACUGUGAAGUGCUCUCUGUAUCACAGCCCCACACCUGCCCUGAGUAACAGCUGUAGCUUCCAACAAGGAGACGACUAAAGCUGUCACUUUGAGAAGAGAAGGUGUGAAGCAGCUCAGUCCAGAGAGCACUUCACAGUUAAUCCAACCCUGGGCGCUUGAGAAAGCAGAACCUGGCAGAAUAAUGCUUCAUAUUCUCACUACUCCUGAUGAGUAAAGCUCCAUAAAAGUUAUGUUUGUGCUGCUCUUGCCAGCCCCUACUUAGCGCUGUCAGCACUGCAGCAUGGUCAAAAGUGCUAAGAGACUCCCUUUAAAGCUUAAAGGGGUUGUUCAACUUAUUAAUAUGUUUCCCCCAAGCUAGCAAUGGUUAUAAAAGAAUGCAUAGUUACCCAUUUCAUCCCACAUCACUUCCAGUGCUACGAUCAACUUUUGUUUCUUUUGCGUGAGUCAAGUGAUUGGCUGCAGCAAAGUGUAUACCGAUACGUCAUCACUACAGCCAAGAAGAUGACGUCAUGGCUGCAGUGGCAGGGAGAAUCAGAGCAGCAUUACUGGUAGCGGCAGGGGAUGAAAUGGGUGAGCAUACAUUAUUUUAUUUAUGACAGUUGCUGGCUUUGUUGAAACUAGUAAGUCGGACAACUCCUUUAAAAAGAAUGCUAUUUAUAAGUGUGGCGCAGCAGUACAUGCCUACUAAGGACAUAGUAAUGAUUGUACCUGUAGGUCUUACAUAGGUGUUGUGCUAAUGUAUUAUUACUCAGGUAUGGACACAAUUGGUCACAGUCACAUCUAUGGUUUAAAGGGGUUAUCCAAUUUCAAGAACCCCCAUCCCCCCCACAUGUGCCACUGGUAAUAUACUUACCCCGCUCACGGCGCUGC